AUGUCACCAGCCACUUACCCUACCCGCCAACUUGGUCGAAAUGGUCCCAUUGUUAGUGCAAUUGGCUUCGGAUCGAUGGGCAUCGGUGCUUUCUACGGAAACACUGAUAUGGAUGAGGCCUUCAGAACACUCACAUACGCAGCAGACCGUGGAGUGACAUUCUGGGACACAGCCGAUAUGUAUGGGGCUAGUGAGGCUGUACUCGGAAAGUGGUUUAUCGAGACGGGAAGACGGUCUGAAAUUUUUUUGGCGACAAAGUGGGGCGGAAGAGACCAAACUCCAGGUGCGGAUCCCUCAAAGCCCAAUAGUAAACCGUCGUAUAUCCAACAUCAGCUGGAGAAAUCGUUGAAGGACUUGAAGACUGAUUGGAUCGACCUCUACUAUCAACACCGUGUUGAUCCUAACGUUCCUAUCGAGGUUGUAUUGGAGACUUUGCGCCCUUACGUCGAGGGCGGGAAAGUCAAAUAUAUCGGCCUGAGUGAAUGCGGAAUCGAUGUCAUGAAGCGCGCCAGAAGUGUGCCUGGUAUCGGCGAGAGAGUGAUAGCCUGUCAAAUGGAAUUCAGCCCCUUCGAACUGAGUCUUGAAAAGUCUGGAUUCGUGACUGCGGCUCGUGAGCUCGGAGUCGCUGUAGUUGCUUACUCACCCUUGGGCAGAGGGCUGAUCACUGGCCGGUACAAAUCUCGGGCCGACUUCGACGAGGACGAUAGGCGUCUGGCAUUCCCCCGCUUUUCCGAAGCUCACUUUCCCAAGAAUCUGGUCCUGGUGGACAAAUUUCGCGCCGUUGCCAACAAGUAUGAAUCCACGCCUGGACAAAUCGCCCUUGCUUGGAUUCUUGCUGAGCACCCAGAUUUUGUUCCGAUCCCGGGGACGCGAUCCGUCACUCUCCUGGAAGAAAACGCGAAGGCCGCGGAAAUCCAGCUCUCUUCAGACGAUGUCAAGGAGAUCCGUGCAACAGUGGAGGCGGCGGAGGUACAGGGUACACGUUACCCCGAAGAAUAUCUCAAAUUUGGCAUGAAGGACAACUGCAUUUUGUUGAGCGAAUGGAAGGGCGAAUAA